AUGUCAAGGGAAGAACAAGCGUUAGAGAAGUCUAUUAAAAAGGCUUUGGGUGGAGCUGAUGUGGCGCCAAAACGUAAGCAUGUCAGAGCUUGUAUUGUAUAUACGUGGGAUCAUAAAUCUGCUAAAACGUUCUUUGACCUGUUGAAGGUUCAAAGGUAUUCUACUGAUGAAUUGCAAUUGUUCAAGACUUUGGUUUUAUUACAUAAAGUUUUGCAAGAAGGUCAUCCUUCAGCUUUGGUGGAAGGUAUUAGAAAUAUCGAUUGGAUUGAGUCUAUGGGAAGAAUCUUUGCUGUAGAAUCUGGGGGUGGUAAUUCGUAUUCUUCGUCUAAGUUUCGUUAUGUUGGUGACGAGUAUGGUCGUUUAAUUGGCGAAUACGUUUACUUUCUUGUUAGAAAGCUACAAUUUCAUAAAAGCCAUAAAGGGUUUAAUGGUACAUUCGAGUAUGAGGAAUAUGUGUCUUUGGUUUCUGUUUCUGAUCCAAAUGAAGGUUAUGCUACUAUUUCCGAUUUGAUGGACCUUCAAGACUUCGCUGACGGACUACAAAAGUUAAUAUUUGCUAGUAUUUCUAGUAACCGAGGUGGUGGUGGAUUCUUGGGCUUUUCUAACACAUUAGAUUCUAAGACAGCUGUUUUGGUUCCAUUGGUCACUGAAACAUAUGGUAUUUAUAAGUUUGUGACUUCUAUGCUUAAAGCUUUGCAUAAACAGAUGGAUGAUUAUGAUGCUUUAAGCGAGUUGUUUGAUAGAUAUAGUGAACAAUGCACUCGUUUGAGUGAGUUUUACUUUGAUUGUGAUACUGUACAGGCUUUGAAAAAUUUAAUCACCAUUCCAAAAUUGCCAUCAGAUCCAUUAAGUCGUAUUUUGGAUGAUCAAGAUGAAGCUGAAGUGAAGGAUGUAGUAUUUGAAAGGGAGUCUGGAAACUCUACGCCUUCUGUUCCUAGCAGAAGUGCUACACAGGAGAAUCUUCGUAAAGAGUCGCCAGUGCGUGCAAAUUCCGUUGCAGAAGUGAAAUCUGAGGCUAAAAAUGCAGGUCAAACAACAUCCAAGCUGGUUCCAGUUGCUACUGGAAUUAUGGUCCCAACGGUUACUGGAGUGCAACCGGGUACCUUCCAAGCAGUACCUGCGGUAAAUGAAUUGUGGAAUACAAAUGUUGUGGCUGCACCUACUGGAGGUGUUCAGACAGUGAACCCAGUGGUUUCCCAGCCAACUAAUCCUCUAGUUAUGCAACCUACUAAUCCUUUAGUUAUGCAACCUACUAACCCGCUUGGAAUUCAACAAACGAAUGCUUUGGUGAUGCAACCAACCAAUCCCUUCCAAAUUCAACAACAACAACAACAACAACAACAACAACAACAACAGCAGCAGCAGUUGCAACAGCAACAGCAACAACAGCAAUUGCAACAGCAGCAGCAGCAAUAUGCUUUAGAGCUAGAAAGACAAAGGCAAGCACAAGAACAACAGCAACAACAGGAAAUGCAAAAGGAAUUGUUAAUCCAACAAAAAACCCAAUCGUUACAGAAUGAUUUGGUAAAUUUAAAGCAACAGUACGAAAGGGACCAAAUUAUGCUGGAACAAUAUGAUAAACGUGUUCAAGAGUUGGAGUCAGAACUAGAAGCUCAAAAAGAAUUCAAAGAAAAAUACCAAUCUUUGGCCAAAUUGUAUUCCCAGUUACGUCAGGAGCAUUUGAAUGUUCUAAAAAAAGUGAAGAAACUUCAAGAUGACUUAAAUGAUUCAAGAAACGAAGUCAGUGACUUAAAGAAAGAGGCUAAAAGUAAGGGCAAGGGCAUAGACAGAAGCGGCAUGAUAUUGAAAAGUCUAGUUGAAUCGAGUAUCAAAUCGCUCCAGGAUCCGAUCGCCUCUCUUGAUGUGUCAGACCUUGCCACCGAUCUUUCCAAUGCCUUCAUCGAUGGUGAUAUCAAUACCAUAGUCAAUAUUCUGCCCGAGUUUGUCUCACUACUGCUCCGCUGCCCACAGGAGAUGCAGACCAUAGCAGAAGACUUCUUGCGAUGCUUAUCCUCGGCAAAGCAGACCGAUUCCGUGAUAAACGCCAACAUUGCGUUCCAGGAAAAGCUUAAAAUUAGACAAUAUAGUUACAGAUAUGGUGAUAGUGAUGAAGUAUAA